AUGUCGGUCAGUCCCAUGGCCUACGAAGCGCAGUUCUUUGGCUUCACCCCCCAGACGUGCAUGCUGCGCAUCUACAUCGCGUUCCAGGACUACCUCUUCGAAAUGAUGCUGGUGGUCGAGAGUGUCAUCCUUAGGAAGCUGGACACGUUUCCCGACUGCAAAAUCAGCCCCUCCCAAAUCCGCAAAAGCACGGAGAAAUUUCUUCUCUUCAUGAAGGAGCACUUUGACAAACUCUUCAGUAAAAUGGAAGAAGUGCUUCUGCAGCUGGUGUUAACCAUCCCUAAGAACGUGCUCCUUCCCGAGGACAAGGUCCAUGAGCAGUACUCCUACAGCAAAGAACAGUUCCAAGCGCUUCAGGAUGAGAUCCAUCAGGUGCAGCAGCAGUACAGGGCCGAGGUGUCUGCCGGGCAGGCGCUGCGGGCGGAACUGGAGGAACAGAAGGCUGUGCAGGCCGAGCUUGAGAAGAUACUGCAAUGGUUUGAUGGGCUUGAGAAUAUCUGUAGGGAGCAUGGAAUCAGCAACUUCAGAGAAAGCUUUGCGUUCUUGACACAGAACUCGAAGAAACUGCAAGAUGUGCUGAAAGAUGUUGAAGAGAAAAGCAACAAAAUGAAGAAGCAUUAUCAGUAA